AGAAACAUAAACAAACGCACACUCGCGGCGCCGAGCGCACCCCGGCACCGCGCUCCGGCGCUCCGCCCGAUUGAAUCGCGUUUUUCGCUCUCCGUUCGUUGUUUUCGCCGGCUUCGCCCGUUCGCUCCGUGCCCGCGGGGAGCGGCAUGCCCGCCCGCUAGGCUCCCGGCGGCACCGAGCAGGCGGCGGCGGAGGAGGAGCGGGGCCGGCGGCCGCCCGCCCCGUCGCAGCGCCCCGCCGCCGCCGCAGCCGCCCCCGAGGGAGGCCGAGAUGGCAGAGGCGUCGCCCCCCGGGCCGCUCUCGCCCCUGGACGUGGAGCUGGACCCCGAGUUCGAGCCGCAGAGCCGCCCCCGCUCCUGCACCUGGCCGCUGCAGAGGCCCGAACUGCAGGCCAGCCCCGCCAAGCCCGCCGGCGAGCCGGCCGCCGACGCCGCCUCCAUGAUCCCCGAGGAGGAGGACGACGACGAGGAGGGGGGCGGCGCGGCCAUGGCCGUCGGCGGCGCGGCCCCCGUGGGAGGCGAAGCGGCGGCCGCCGGCGGCCCCGAGGAGGCGGCGCGGCCGCCGGUCCCCGUGCCCGGAGGCGGCCCGGAGGGGCCCGGGCCGGCGCCGGGAGGAGCGGCCACGGCGGCGGGCGGCGGGGGGCUGAGCGGCGGCGGCCCCGCGGCGGCGGCGCCGAGGAAGUGCUCGUCGCGGCGCAACGCGUGGGGCAACCUCUCGUACGCCGACCUCAUCACCCACGCCAUCGAGAGCUCCCCCGAGAAGCGGCUCACCCUGUCGCAGAUCUACGACUGGAUGGUGCGGUGCGUGCCCUACUUCAAGGAUAAGGGCGACAGCAACAGCUCGGCCGGAUGGAAGAAUUCAAUCCGACACAACUUGUCGCUCCACAGCCGAUUCAUCAGGGUGCAGAAUGAGGGCACUGGGAAGAGCUCCUGGUGGAUGAUCAAUCCAGACGGUGGAAAAGUUGGCAAGGCGCCUCGGAGACGCGCUGUGUCCAUGGACAACAGCAACAAGUACACAAAGAGCAGAGGGCGGGCGGCGAAGAAAAAGGCAGCCCUACAGACUGCCCAGGAGACGAGUGAGGACAGCCCUUCACAGCUCUCCAAGUGGCCGGGGAGCCCAACUUCCCGCAGCAGUGAUGAGCUGGAUGCCUGGACAGAUUUUCGCUCCCGGACAAAUUCAAACGCCAGUACAAUAAGUGGCCGCUUGUCACCGAUAUUGGCGAGCACCGAGCUGGAUGAUGUUCAAGAUGAUGACGCUCCACUUUCUCCUAUGCUGUACAGUAGUCCUUCGAGCUUGUCCCCCUCAGUAAACAAACCGUGCACUGUGGAGUUGCCUAGGUUGACUGAUAUGGCUGGGACAAUGAAUUUGAACGAUGGACUAACAGAUAACCUCAUGGAUGACCUCUUGGACAAUAUAACACUCCCUUCCUCCCAGCAGUCGCCCACGGGAGGGAUAAUGCAGAGAAGCUCCAGUUUUCCGUAUGGUUCCAAAAGUUCAGGGCUGGGCUCCCCCUCAAGUAGUUUCAACAACGCUGUGUUUGGGCCGUCGUCCCUGAAUUCCCUCCGCCAGUCGCCCAUGCAGACUAUUCAGGAGAACAAGCAGGCUACCUUCUCUUCCAUUUCUCAUUACAACAACCAGACGCUGCAGGAUCUGCUCGCCUCGGAUGCACUUAGUCACAGCGAUGUCAUGAUGACACAGUCUGACCCGCUCAUGUCCCAGGCCAGCACAGCUGUGUCCGCCCAGAACUCCCGCAGGAAUAUAAUGCUCCGCAAUGACCCCAUGAUGUCGUUUGCUGCGCAGUCCAGUCAGGGCGGUCUGGUCAAUCAGAGCCUGCCCCAUCACCAGCACCAGUCUCACAGCUCUCCUCUUAGCGGCAGCCGUGCCUUGUCCAAUUCCAUCAGUAACAUAGGCUUGAAUGACUCCAACAGCUUGGGAUCCAAACAUCAGCAGUCACCUGUCAAUCAGUCUAUGCAAACACUUUCUGACCCUCUCUCAGGCUCCUCUUUGUAUUCCUCUAGCAUGAACCUUCCAGUCAUGGGACACGAGAAAUUCCCAAGUGACUUAGACCUGGAUAUUUUCAAUGGGAGCUUGGAGUGUGACAUGGAGUCCAUUAUCCGCAGUGAACUCAUGGAUGCAGAUGGGCUGGAUUUUAACUUUGAUUCCCUCAUCUCAGCACAGAACGUUGUCAGUCUGAAUGUGGGGAACUUCACUGGUGCUAAACAGGCUUCAUCACAGAGUUGGGUACCAGGCUGAAGGAUCUUUGAGGACAGGGAAAAUGGGCAAACAGGCCCUCAAACUGACACGAGAUGUAGAGAGAGAACCCUUUGCCAAAUCUGCUGUCAGCAAGUGGACAGUGAUACUGUUUACAGCUUAUGACGUUUGCGAGCCCUGCGUUAUUUUCCUAACAAAGCAGACUGUUAAAAGGCCCCUUAUCUGAGUGAAGAUCCUCCUCUUUUUUUUUCUUCUUUUUCUUUGGAAUUGAACUCAUUUCUGAAGUAUGCAAAAUCUUCCUUUCCUGGGAUGGCCAAGCACCUGCUGUGGAGACAAUGUUCAGCACCAUCCUGUUGAGAACACACUGUGUAGCCUUUACAGUAGUUACUUGUCAAUGAGUAUGUGGUGUUUCAAUAUAUUAAUGGUUUAUGGGAUGUUUUAAGUUGGCUUUCCUUUUUGGAGGUUUUUCCCUGUCUGCCCACCCUCCUCCCACAACCUCCAGUUUGAUUUCUGUAGAUUUUUGACCAUUUUUGCUUUCUCUCACUGGGGAAUCUGAAACACUGCGUAUGUGCAAGGAAAUGAUCAUAACCCAGCGUUGCUGAGAUGUCAGGGCUCUCCAGAUAGACACCGUUCAUGAUACCAACAACCAACUGAAUUCCAGAGAGAGGCGAUUGGUGUGAUCUGUGUGCUUGUUGGGUUGGUUCGUUUGUUUCUUUCUCAUUCUUUCCUUUAACUUAAUGGUACGGCCACGUUUUGUGUAAGCAUCAAGCCAGGGUUGAUUGCAAAGCCAGGAAAACCAGCGAGGCAGACCUCCCAGCUGGUGCUGGUGAGGAUGGACUGACCACAGGUGCUGCUGCCUUCGCUGCCAUGGGAUCCUGCUUUUAGGUUGAGCUGCCCCUCUGCUGCCAGACAUGUUGAGCAUAUAACCACCUGUAAGGAACUGUCUGGGGAGCAGAAAUAAAGGGAAGCACUCUCCUUUGCAGGAAAGGUGAGCAAACAGGCCAUGUGCAUCAGCACAUUGAUCGCAGUGGCAGCACUGGGUGUCCAGGCACAGGUUGUUGCAGUGUGUGUUAUUGCAUCAGUGAUCCUUUUAUUUUUGACAUAUCCUUGAUGUUUUGUUUUUUUUUCCUUCUCAUUGUAUAUAAUCCAUUGCAGAAGCAGCAGCAAGAGAGGGAAUGGUGACAGUAUCAUGCAAAUGGCUUUUCAUACGAGCAUAGAUUGUAACAGGAUAAAUGACACUGAAAGACAAGGCAGUUUUAUAUAUUUUGCUUCUUAAGAUUUUCUUUUGUAAAAUGAAUAAUAAUAAUAAUGAAUAAAAGGUAUGGUGCUGUAUAGAUCCUCUCUAUAAUCUGGAAAGUUUGAUUACUUUUUCUUAGUAUCUUGGGGGGAGGGAUACAAGAAUAAAAAGAAGAGGGGAAAACACCAAUGGUACAUAAGAACUUGGUAUGAAGACGUUCUGAAUAGGACAGUGUAUACAUAAUUCUCCAAAGUGAUAUAUGAAGUUUUUUUUUUUUCUUUGCAUAAAGGCAUUAUGCAUAUAAAUAUAUAAAUAUAUUUUAUUAUGUACAGAAGUGGAUCAUUAUGCAUGGAUGUUAGGAAAACCAACUAGCAUUUUAACCCAAAGUUUCAGUGCAUGAGUUGCCACCGGUCCGUGUACCAUGCAAUGUGGAGUGACUCCCUCUCGCCACUGCCACCGCACACGCACAGUCAUGCACGCCCACGCGAGCGCUCAUGGGCCCUUCCUCGCUCCUCACUUUCCAGGUCCCCAAGGUGAUAUUGGUGAAAUAACAGCUCCCCGUGUGAUGGAAGUUUUGUUUCGUAACGUAGCCCCCCUCACGCUCACAGUGUUCUCGUAAAGAUGCACCUCUUGGUUUCAUCCCGCAGUAAUGACUGUGUAAACUCUGUGCAGUUGUGGUUGUUGUUGCCCUGUAGCAUAUCAACUUUUCCAAGCAGCCAAGGGUUUGUCAUUCUCAUUUCUAAACAAAAAAAAAAAAAAAAAAAGGAGAUUUUUAUUUUCACACUCGCUUGGUCUGUUUGUCAGCAUGGGGACUAGGUGAUUAAAUCCAUGGGAGGUAGCUGACACCCGCUGCCCAUCCCCAUACUCAAGGAGGUUGGUUGUUAGCAAACCCUAGCAUGCCGCAGGUCACCAGGCCUAGGUGUCACUUUGCUUAUCAGUCCAACCACAGACACUUCGGAGCAGAAUCAGUCAAGGGCUUCCCUGCAAGCCUCCUGGCACACCCCAAAAUGUGAGCGUACACCAAAGGCCUGUCCUCUGGUGCUCCUUCUCCAGGCAGCUCUGUGGUUGCUGCCCCAACCUGGGCUUGUCCCCAUACCCUGAGGAUUUGGCCACCAGCAGAGCUCCAUGGAACAGGUGAUGUCCGCAGUGAGUCCCGGGGCCUUCCCAAAGGCCACCUGCCAGGUGUCUGGUGCAUAUAGGCAGCACCAGUAUUGAUGUGGUGGUGGAUGGCUGAGGUGACAAGAACCCAUUGUUCAGUUUUGUUCCUUUGUAUGAAUGCAGUUCUUGUCCAGUGCAAGGGAAGGCCCCUUAGUCUAAAACAGCCUGUGGCAAUUUGUGCUCUGCCAGGGCAGCCUUGCUACAUUGAACUUGGAGCUAGAUCACACUGGCAUAAAUAGAGAGAAAAACAUGGUCCGCUCUGCUCAGAAAAUGGAGACAAUUGAUUCAGAGACAGCCAAUCAAUGGCAGAGAAGGUUUGUUGUUGUUGUUUGGUUUUUUUUUUUAAUUAAAAGCAUUAGCAACUGAAAGGCUUAAUCUACCUCCCAGCAAUGUCAAGGAGAGCAUUUCCAUUGGUGUAUCUAGGCCACAUUGGGCCCCUAUGCUGGAGACUAUCAUCUCAGCACUAGCUGAAGGGGGAUGGACUUGGACAACCUCUUCAGUUUGGUUUGGUUUCUGUUGCUCGUUUUUGCGGCCAAAACUUUCAAACUGAAGUGCCUCACGUCAGGCAUUGAAAGUCUGGGACGUGGAUCUGGUGUCAUGGGGCUGGCACUUCUCAAAUCACGCAGGGGUGCCUGCUGCCCCCCAGGGCCACCUCGUCCGCAUGCUGAGGUGCCUAAAAAUUGCCCUCAUGUCCAGAGGUGCUGAAAAAUAACUGCGUCUUGCUGAACUCAAGGGUCACUUGUGUAGGUGUCAAAGUAAGGAUGAAAAUAAUAGUUAAUUUGGGGAAGCCACCUUUUGAAAACUUUGGCCUUUUGAGUUUUUUUGAACAUUCUUCUGCUAAGUUGUCCUUCUGAAGGCGCGUAAAACAGGUGGAGGCCCAGAACAAUUACACGGGUGUCAUUUAAACAAACACUUUACAGAAGGUCUAAAGAGGUGGCAUCAAUGCAGUUCUUGGUCACAUUUUUGGGGGUUUAUUUAAUACUCUUAUAAGUUGUUUUGUUGUUUUUUCUCUUGAGAAUAAUUGGAUGGUUGGCCACCACCCAACUCCAGAAACUUUUGUGCCACUGAUUCAAAAAUACAACCUUUUAGAUCAUGUCUUUCUCUCGAAUGACGUCAUUGCUUGGCAAUCAGUGUCCUGUAAUUGUUUUUAGUACACAAUAUUUGUUAGGAGUUGCCAACAGAUGCGAAGGGGGACCAGAUACAUUUUGUUCCUAUGGGUUGGAAAAACGGAUUGUACAUUUGGCUUCACAUGUUUAACUUUUUUUUAAAAAAAGUUGCAUGAUUGGGAAAAAAAAAUGAAUAUGUAUACAGUAUCUGUAAAACUGUUUUAUCUGUUUUUGUUUCAAGCCAUGUCGAUUGGGAGAAUAUUAAAUCCACAGCCUUAGCGCGCAUGGCCGUCUUUACAUACCGAAGAGCUGAACAGUUUAUACUUUUCAUUUGGGCUAUCUUGUACUUUCAUUUGAAAGCAGACACUCUCAUGUUGCAGUCUUACUGAGGAUUUUAUAAAAUAAUUUAAAAAAAAAAUAAAAAAAAAAUAAGAAUAAUAAUAAUAAGAUGCUGCCCUGGAUGGAUAUAUUACCUUACUACACAGAGAUUGGAAGGAAGUUUGUUUUGGAGCAAAACCUGCCCCUUUCCAAACGAAGUAGAGACGCAGUGCUUACUCCACUUGGUGUUAGUAGAUAUUGCCUUGUGUAUUCCAUUUUAAAUUGUAAUCUAGUUUGUAAAAGAGAUGGUGACGCAUGUAAAUAAAGCAUAAUGGAUCUCUACAUUGCA